UGCUUAAAUUUUCAAUAGAUCCACGAAUAGUUACGAUAUCGAAUAAUGUACAAGUGCACCCAAUGCGGUGCUACCAAAAACCGGCUCAGGUCUGCCCCGGUGUACGAGUGUCGACGAAGAGCGACUGGCCCCGAGCAGGAGGAGGGCGAGAGGCUGGGUGUCUCGGAUGGCUGCAGUGCCUGCCAGUGCUUUGUCUUCUUUACCCAGCUGAAGGGGCACCAAGAGCCGAUCAGAAGUCCUCACGUGGAGGGACGGUCCGUAGAUCGCUCAAUUGUUAACCCAGCACGACCAGUGGGGAUGUCCGCAAAUGGGAAUGGGCAGGGUCACAGUGUUCCGGGCAAGCAGCUCAUCCGAAUGCUAGAGAGACAUUCGACGAUACUUUUACCACAGAGUCUACCAAUGGCAAGGAACCACCAGGAACCGGAAUCUGAUUUGGCAGAGUCUUCAGAUGAUCUGAGCGACGAAAGGGAGCGAAAGACCAGAGGCAUCUCACUGCACAGGGCCAUGGGGAUUUGCUCCAUAAGAAGCACUUAUAAAAUUCCCCAGAACAUGGACAAGCGGAAGACUAUGCGACGGCUGGCCAGAUUUUGGCUGAAAAUCAAUCGUAAACUGAAGAAGACCCAGAAGGAGCUGCAGGAGCUGGAGCAGCAGGAGAAGCAGCAACUGCGCGCACUGGCCCACCAGGAUCGCAAGAGGCGUCACAGUGGUGGCACUCACAUCGAGCCGAAGUCCCCAUCGCUGUGGAAGGGCAAGGAGCUGGAGCGGACCUUCGGGGUGUCGCCUUCCUGCUACGACAAAUGCAAUUCUCGAGCAGAUGCACUGCUAAAAUCGCAGCUGCAAUCGCUGCAGGAGCAGGUCGAAAGCAAGGAUCAGCCCAGAGUAGAGGCACAGCAGCCCGCCAGCGUGCAACACUCGAAGAUGCAGCAACUGGAGCAGCUGGUCGCCUCGACUUCCAGUGUUAAGCGGGGCAACUAUCAGCGCAUCGCUCAUGAUCCCACAAAGGUCGUUCGCCUGGCAAAACGCCCCAAACGGUCGACGCCAACAAAGGUGAAGGCGCCUCCCUUGGGAGCUCAGUUCAAAACGGUGCCCGUCACGGACAAGAAGCUGCUCACGGACCCGGCCCCCAAGGGGAUGAUCACCAGCUGUAACCCCGUUCACUGCCCCGUCGAGCAGUGCCACCGAGUGUUCUUCCCUUCGGACCUCCACACACAUCUGAUUUGCGACCACCAGACGCUGCACGUGGAACGCGUCGGACUGCGACAGACCAAAACACUCUACCUGGACACGAAGGUGGCAAUGCUCAAUGAGGCCACCAGCAUCAUGUUGUACCAGGUGAAGGACAAGAUCAUCGGCCGGACUAACGGCGUUCGAUUUGGCAGUCUGCUGCCAGUGCUGCUCAUGGCAGCCCGCACACGGUCCUCCGACGUGACGCAGGAGGAGAUUCUUCUCGUCUGGCUGUGCAGCUUCCGACCCGCCAACAUUCGGAUCUUCGGCACUCUAUCCGUCGCGUCCUCGCGCCCCAACAUGCCGGACACCCUGACGGCAUUGACAGCCCAGCCCUACGACAUCCGCGACCCCCGCAACAUGGCUGCCCUAUUCCAGAGUCCCUCCGUAAUGAUUGUCCCGCACGCCCAGCUCCAGCGCAUGACUCGCUGCGGCAAAGACGUAAUCACCGUCCAAGUUCACUUCCAAUAGGAAGAA